AUGAGGAUUAUGUACGUAACAAGAUCGCAAUUAUAUUGCAUCUGCAAUUUGUGCCUUCUUGUCUUGUUUAUAGCAGUGAAAGAUAAGACUUCUUCGGAUACGAUUGUUUAAUUGUCUAAAUAUGACUAAACUAUUGACUUGACUGUCGGUGUACAUCAAAAACGUAUUUUCUGAAUUUUGUCCUACUUGAAAAGAUGCGGCUUUGUUCGAAAUCCCUUGUCCCGAAGACGUUUCCGACGUCCGGCGUCAUGAAGCUGGACGAAGUUCUGGAGAAGAUCGGUCAGUUUGGACGCUACCAGAAGAUCAUAUUUGUGUUGAUAUGUAUUCCUGGUAUAAGUUGUGGUAUUGUGAUGACGUCGGCGGUGAUUUUACUGGGAGUACCGAACCACAGAUGCAGUAUUCCCGGAUAUGACAAUGACACCUACUCCAUUCAAGACCCAGUACACCAAGAGUACGUGGCUAGGUAUAUUCCACCUUCUACAGAUGGAACAUCUCUUUUAUAUGAUAAGUGUCACGUAUACAGCUUUAAUGCCUCAAGUACAACGUUCGACAACUCCAGUCAUCCAAUCAAUGCCACGCUUGUGAAGUGUACGUCAUGGGUGUAUGACGAUAGCGAGUUCUUUGAAACGUUUGUAUCAAAGCAUGAUCUUGUAUGUGAUAAUCACUACAAAGUCUCCACAGCUAAGACCAUUUUCUUCGGCGGUGUUUUGGUUGGCGCUCUAGUCUUCGGUUCCCUCUCGGACGGCCUUGGCCGUAAAAAGACCAUCAAUGUGGCAAUGGCGUUGCUGUUUUCAUCGUCGUUAGGUCUGGCUUGGGCCCCCAACUAUAUUGCCUAUGUAAUCCUCAGGUUCCUGGCUGGUAUGGCGUUCUCAGGGACAUUCAUCACGGCAUAUGUCAUAGGUGUGGAAAUAGUAGGUCCUUCAAAGCGUAAAUACACAGGCAUAAUCAACGAAAUUUUCUUCGCUUUUGGAGAAUGUUGUUUAGCGGGGAUUGGAUACUUAGUGAGAGAUUGGCAUUACGUGGAAAUAAUCAUUGCAGCACCAAUGAUAUUGUAUCUGGUUUACUGGUGGAUAAUUCCUGAGUCGCCAAGAUGGCUAAUCAACAAGGGUAGAUUUGAUGAAGCUGAGGAAAUACUAAGAAAAGCAGCAAAAUUCAACAAGAAAGAUUUGCCUGCAAAAAUACUAGACAGGGAUAUCAAUGAAGACAAAAAGACAGAGAAAAUUUACAAAAUAUUUUCAUCACGGGUCCUUCUUAUCAGAACAAUGAUUAUCUUAUACAACUGGAUGGUCGUUAGUAUGACGUAUUAUGGAUUGACCUUGAACUCAGGAAAUCUCAGCGGGGACGUUUACCUCAACUUCUUUUUCUCUGGAUGUGUAGAGUUCCCAGCCUACAUAAUCAGUAUCAUCUUCCUCGAUCGGCUGGGCAGGAGGACACUUCAUUGUAUAAUGAUGCUUGCUGGGGGCUUAGCGUGUCUAUCAACAAUAUUUACCGUGUUGUAUGGCGGAGAAGAUCUCCAGACUUUAACCACAAUCCUAUCUUUGGUUGGGAAACUAGGAUCAUCUGCAGGAUUCGCCCUCAUUUAUAUAUUUUCUGCGGAGCUCUUUCCGACCGUUCUCAGGAAUGCCGCCAUUGGCAUAUUCUCGAGUGGUGCUAGGGUCGGUGGUAUGAUUGCUCCUGUCAUUGCAGACUCGGUUACUAUUAUAGGCGGUAAGAUGGGGCAGGCCGUCCCGUUGGUGAUAUUUGGAGCGGCAUCUGUCCUCGCUGGUAUUCUCACACUUUUCCUGCCUGAAACACUCAAUACCCGACUGCCAGAAACAAUAGAGGACGCGAGAUUAUUUGGCACUGAGAAAUACAAACAGAAAGACAAACAUGAUUACCAGGAAGAGGAGUCGACCACAAAAUUUUAAUAAGAAUUUAUAAGUUAAAUUCAUUUCCAAUUAAGAACUAUUCUUGAGAGCAUUUCAAAGAAUAUUGCCAUUAUAGAUUGUACAAAAGGCACACAAGUAAAUAACACUUUUUGAUACAAAUGUAGAGUUAGAUAAAGCAGAGCCAAACAAUGAAAUAAAUUGCAUCGUACAGCUGUUCCGUCCUUCUUGGACUCCUUAGUGAUGCGAAGGGCCUAGUUUGAAGCCUAGAAGCAAUUUAGGAAAAUAUCAAAAGAAAAUUAAAACCUAGAUGGGGCGGUCCAUUGUCACCAUCAUUCAAUAAAAAUGAUUAUAAAAACAUAGAAUAAGGAAACUUAAGUAUGUCUGAACAAAACUUUUCUUCGGUUAACUAUAGAUUGAAAAUAACGUUUUGAAAGGGAGUUCAUAUCAUCAGUAAUUUUGUAUAGGUAAAUUAUGCAAUAAUUGUGUGAGUGUGUGUUAUUGGAAAGGCGAUGCAGAUUUAGAAGAGGAGGCAAACACAUUGUUCACAUUAUUGGUUUUGUUCAAACAAUCAAUUUUGUUGUAAAUAUUAACUUUAAUUUAGAAUGACGCACAUCUUUCGGGAGACCUAUUCUGGACAUUUAUUUUCAAUAACAUACGUUAAAGAAAUAUUUUGGUCAAAUCAAUGUUAGCGGAAUCUAUCCAUAUUGGAGUUGAAUACGGAUUCACUCGCUGUUGCAUUUUAGAACAAUGUUAUUUGUCUAAUAAUUAUUGUUAACAUUAUCAAAUAUAUGGAAUUUAUAGCGGCAUUGCGAAAAUAAUAUUUAGCUAACCUUUCACUAUAUAUAGGUAUGCGUCAUUAUCAUUCAAACCUUAAUUUCAAUUUUUCAACACUAAUACAAACCAUUUCCAUAAAGCCGUUUUUAAACUAUACCAUGUAUUGAUAAAGCGCAAUAACAACCACGGGCAGAUAAUUUAUGUAUGAGAAAUUGUAGGGAAUGUCGAACUCAAUAAGUGUCAUGCAAUAUCGUUUCGUCGCCUUGUAAAGCGAUAUUGAAAAAUAACACUAAGGACAAUUUACAACAAAAUAUCAAUUUUUGCAAUAUAACAGAUUUACGGUCAGAGAUUUCAGUACCAAUUAUUCCAGGAAACCAACUCUACAGUCCUGCUAAAAUACUAUAUUUUACUUUCCACAUUUUGCAACUAAAUGAUAUUUCGGCAUUUGAGUGAUAUAUCAAGAUACAUAAAUCAAGACGUGACCAUAGAUGAUACACUAUAUUUUUACCUCAAGUUAAAAAUUGACAUAUUCAUCUAAUAUGCUGUGCCUUAAAGGUAAACGGGAUCCACGUCCAGAUGUCAACACUUUCAACAUUAAAGGACAUGAUGUCUUUCCUGUUGGAAUGGUAUCUUUCUUCUUACAAACGUUAUUUUUUUUAUAAAUUGUUUACCAUUUUUUUUUCAAACGUGUUUUAUUAAAUUUGAUAUUUAAAACGCUGUUUAGGGAAGUGGUAUCGUGUUUACAAAGGGUUUUAUACAAACAUAGUCAAAUGUCCUAUUUUCAAAACCUAAACCAAUAUAAAAAACAGAAUACACAUAUUUUUAUCGUAUCUAUGUAGGUAAGAAGCAAACACACAAGCAAGCAUUGCUGAUUUGUUGAUAUUUUACUGAAGGGCUGGUAAUUAAGUCAAAAUAAUACCUCAAGUAGCAAAACCAGUUUUGCAUUAUCUUUAAAUGACGCGGGCAGCUACAGGCCGUUGUUAUUGAACUUUUUACACAUCGUACAGAUGUAAUGUAAUGAAUUCCUACGAUUUCUUAUAGAUUCAUCGUUUGCUAUUAAUAAAAUACAUUGACAUGUA